UCAUCGGCCAGCGGGCAACAGAAGCGCAGAGUGCCGACUCACAGCUGCACCGGAGACCAGGACCCGAACCGGGAGAAGUCGGAGGAGACUUUACGCACGGACCUGAGAUAUGGAAUGCAUUGAAAGGACUCCGACACUGUGAAAGUUUGCAUCUCGGAUAUGGAGACACGCAUGAAAAGACAAUUAAUCUUAAUAAAGUCAACCAUCCUUCUCGCCUGGGUCUGAGGUGCAGCGGAGGAUGACACCUGCACCCCGCCUGGCGAGGACCGACGCGUUGUUCCAGACUUGGCAUCUCUGAAGAGUGGGUCAAAGCGUCUGCGAAAGUGACUUUCUGCUUUAAUACUGCAGACAGAUCAACCGUCGCUGCCAUCCCGAGUUAUCGGCUGUGGCUGCAGAAACAGCGCAUUUGUUGCGCCCUUUUACAUGUUUGCACCAUCUCGGACUGCGGCAGAAAAUCAUCUCGUGCCCCGACACCUCGUACACACAGGUAAUGUCUCUGCAGCCACAGUCAUUUAAAGUCCAUCGUUCAGCUCACCUUGGCUUGUCUGCACCGCUCAUCUAUUAAUGCUGUUUCGCAUUUGCUGGAUAUUAAGAAAUAAAAGAGAACUUUGCCUCAAACGCGUCCAACAGCAGUAAGGCAGAAUAAUCUGUGGAGUACUGACUCACCAUGGGCACUGUACUAUCACUGUCUCCCGGCUCUCGGAAAUCAGGCUACUAUGACAACCGGCCAGGCUCGCUCAGCCACUACCCGAGCCUCAGCAGCCGCUCUCUCAACAGCCAGAAAGACCGCGGGCUGAAAAGGGGUCAGUCCAUCUUCCUCCCAGCACUCACGUGGAAGCGACUGGUGGCCUCUACGAAGAAGAAGGGCAACUCCAAGAAAGGCUCCGGUGGUCCAGUGGCCCUCGGGGACCCUCUCAACAACAACAACAUAAACAUCUACCAAAAGGACCCUGUGUUGCACCUCAACCACGAGAAUGUGAAGAAGUCCCUGUCGUGCGCCAACCUGUCCAGCUACGAUGGUCCAGCAGGACUGGGGCUGGGGCUGGGGCUGGGCUACGGCCUGGGGAUGGGGAUGGGCCAGGGGCAUGGAUGUGGCUACAGCAAGUCCCAACAGCUUUCCUCUGUGAAGAAAGUUCCCCAAGGGACAGUGACCUCGUCCCCAAAGCGUGUUAUUGUCCAGGCCUCCACCAGCGAGCUCCUGCGCUGUCUGGGGGAGUUCCUGUGCUGUCGCUGCUACCGUCUGAAGCAUCUGUCUCCGGCUGACCCGGUGCUCUGGCUGCGGGCUGUGGACCGAUCCCUGCUGCUGCAGGGCUGGCAGGACCAGGCCUUUGUCACGCCGGCCAACGUGGUCUUUGUCUACAUGCUAUGCCGAGACGUCGUGGACGGCGACCUUGUAGCGUCGGAACACGAGCUGCAAGCCAUCCUGCUCACCUGCCUCUACCUGUCCUACUCCUACAUGGGCAACGAGAUCUCGUACCCGCUCAAGCCCUUUCUGGUUGAGGCGGGUAAGGAGGCCUUUUGGGACCGUUGCCUCGCCAUCAUCGAUGCCACCAGCUCCAAGAUGCUGCGCAUCAACGCAGACCCGCACUUUUUCACACAAGUAUUUGCAGAACUCAAGAGUGAAGGCGGUUGUGGCCCUCAGGACUAUAGUCGGGUGCUGGACCGGUGAGAGUCUGAGCACCGAUCCUUGCUGACCGCAUGCCUUUUUGUACACUCAUGCGCAUGUAUACUUGCUCACAGACACACAUUUGUCUCACACAGAUUCCUUUCCCCUUUUUCUUCUUCUGCAGCUCUGCAGCAGCAAUGAAUCUAUAUUGACAGAGCUAUGUAGACAUUUUUAAUCACUCCAUCUGUGUGUGUGUUGCCAUUGCCAUCCACAGAUAGAAAUAAGGAAUUAAAAAAUGUUCCCCCUGAGAUUUUCUCUGAUAAUUGGCUAACAGAGGCUCACAGUUGUGUUUUUUCCCCCCCUGGAAUAUCCACCUGAGUUUACUUGAAUUGAGGAACCAUUUGGUCCGCCUCUCGCAUCUGUCUUCAUGUGUCUGGUUCCAGUCGCCCCCCUCGAUCUGCACACCCAGGCAUCCUCACCCUCCUAUCUGAAUGUGGUCAAUCAGUGUGCACAGGACAACAACAUCACUCACAACUCAUUACUCACAAAAAUACCAUCAAGGAUUUCUCACUGGUUAUAUCCUAAACAUCCCCGUUGACUCACAGAAGAUCAAAAUAGGUAGUUAUAUUUUCCUGCACAAUACAAGCAGACAUCUUGACAAGGAAAGUGACUCAGACUGAUGGGAACAGCUGAGAGGUUCAUAUAAGGUCUCACUGGUCCUGCUGUGCGCUGUGUAUUCACUAAAGUGAAACGAACAGGCAGUGUUUUGUGGAGCCUUUUGAGGGUCGUCUGGCCUGAGGGGACAGAUGCCGUUUCUUAUCUUUAUCCACUCAGACCUGCCAGUGCACUAUUGUUUCUACUUAAUCUUAUCUCAGGAGUGUUUCCUGGUGGAAGCAGAACAUGGAUUUUAGACUGACAUGUUGAGUGCAUGCAUGGCCAUAUGUGUGUGUGUGUAGACAUUGUGCAGUGGACGGCAGCCAGGGUCAUCAGCUGUUUACUCCAUCCUUUGUUCCCUGCGUCUUGUUGACAGGGCACCCACAGCCGUGGUAUUAAUGAGAUUAGCAGAUUACUGCAGUCCCUCCUCUCUCUCAACCUCUGCCCCCUUCUUGUCCACUCUGCAACCCUGCAGAGUUUCAGUGGCUAAUCCAGGCGAGGCUGGACUGAACACACACAUUUGUACACCUUGUCUUGUGUGUGCUUUAUUCUCCUAUGUGCGUGAACAAAAUGCUGUGUGGCACACGUGCAGCUCAGGGUCAAAAUUAAACCUCUCUGAGACAGAUCUAGGCAGGAAUGAAAGAUGAAUGCUUUUGCUGUUGAAGGGGUUUGUUGUUGUUGUUGCUUCUGAGUUUGGCCCACUUUCUCGUCAGUCACCUGCGCAUCCUCAUCUGCCAUCAAGAGGCUUGUUUUCUCUCUUGUCCUUCCCUCAACUCCUGUCUCUUGCUAAAUUAUUCCCUUCAAUGAAGCACUGGCAUUUGUGCUUCAGUGGCUCUGUUUCCCAUGUGCUUUAGUGUGUGUUUGUGCAUGUCAGAGGUGGUCACAGAUGAGCCCGAGGUUUAUCGCUCUUGCACUGAAAAAUAUAUGGAUUUUUUUUAAAAGCAGAACCGAUUUAAAUAUAUUUUUGAGCUUGAUUUUACAUUCCAUAGCCAUCCAAAGUUGUUAAGAUUCCUGCUGCUAGAGGUUUGCAGUUCAUCUUUCAGCUCAGAAAAAGCUUAGUGAGAGUAGAAAUGGGGGAAAGCAAAGCUUAACUACAGAGUGCAUGUGCUGCAAAUGGUAUAUUUAAAUUCAGAUUUUUACUUCCUUUAAUUAAAAUAGACACAUGUACUGAUUUCGGUAUAAAAGCAUACAAUAGUGAGCCCUACCCAUGUUAUAGAACAGUGGAUGCUAAUCUUUUUUUUUUUGUAACCCCUUAAAAUGAAACAGUAUCUCCCUGCAACCCCUUAUUGUAGGUUGCAUUUGUUGUUACUAGUUCAUCAAAAGAGCAAUUUC